CCAAAGUUCCUGGGCAGUGCGAACGAGGCGUAUGGGAACUAGGACAGGUCCAAGGGAAGGAGGAGGCUGAAGGUCCGGACUCCUGGGUGCUAGACGCUUGGACUACUGCGGGAUGGGGCCUGGACUCCUAGUAAGCCGGAAUGAGCGCAGCCACUGCCCAUCCCAGACGGUGAAGAAGCUACUGGAAGAACAGAGGCGGCGCCAGCAACAGCCUGACGCUGGUGGGGCACCGGGAGAGUUCCCACCUCCCCUGGCCCAGCCCCUGACCCCCUCUGUGAACGAGGGUGAGCUUGGCCAUACUCACUUCUCAGCACACCAAGAGACUGUGGGUUCUGGACUUGGCAGCCUGGUCCCCCCCACAAACUUUCUGGACUGGGACCCCAACACGCAUGCUACCUACACAGACAACUACUCUUACCCUACUUCUGCUGCUGAGAGUUUCCUGACUCCUGACUUCUACCCACCCUUGGAUUCAGGGCGGCCGUGUCCAUUUCCUUUGGGGAUGGAGGAUCCCCUGGAUACUCGGCUUCAUGCAGAACCUUCCCUGCCACAGGCGGGAUCUUGGAAAGGUUCCGGACUCCCCACAGGACCCCCACAAUUGCCCCCUGUGGUCACUGGACCAUCCCUGGACACAGCCCGUGCUCAUAUGCUGGCCUUGGGGCCACAACAGCUGCUGGCCCAGGAUGAGGAGGGAGACACGCUUCUGCACCUGUUCGCUGCUCGGGGGCUACGCUGGGCAGCAUAUGCUGCAGCUGAGAUGCUCCAAAUGUAUAGACGUCUGGACAUUCGUGAACAUAAGGGCAAGACCCCUCUCCUGGUGGCUGCUGCUGCCAACCAACCCCUGAUUGUUGAGGAUCUACUGAACCUGGGAGCGGAGCCCAAUGCCUCUGACCAUCAGGGACGUUCUGUCUUGCACAUGGCUGCUACCUAUGGGCUCCCAGGAGUCCUCACGGCUGUGAUUAACUCAGGGGUUCGGGUUGACCUAGAAGCCAGAGACUUCGAGGGCCUCACCCCACUCCACACAGCCAUCCUGGCCCUCAAUGUUGCUAUGCACCCAUCUGACCUGUGUCCCCGGGUGCUGAGUACCCAGGCUCGAGACAGGCUGUCUUGCGUCCAGAUGUUGCUGCACAUGGGUGCUGAUCACACCAGUCAGGAGAUCAAGAGUAACAAGACAGUUCUUCAUUUGGCUGUGCAGGCUGCCAACCCCACCCUGGUUCAGCUACUGCUGGAGCUGCCACGGGGAGACCUGCGGGCCUUUGUCAACAUGAAGGCCCAUGGGAACACAGCUCUCCACAUGGCAGCUGCCCUGCCCCCUGGGCCACCCCAGGAGGCCAUUGUGCGGCGCCUGCUGGCAGCUGGGGCGGAUCCAACACUGCGCAACCUGGAGAACGAGCAGCCUGUCCACCUGCUACGGCCCGGGCCGGGCCUUGAGGGGCUCCGGCAGCUAUUGAAGAGGAGCCGUGUGGCAGCCCCAGGCCUGUCCUCUUAGGACUCAAACCCAGAACCUGGACUGAUUUUCCAGUCCCCACCGUCCUGUGGGACAGCCAGCGUAUGCGAAUGUUGCAAAUCCAUGAUAAUGUAUAUGGAAUAUCCUGCCAUUGGGGUCUUACAUUAAAACCCCAAAAUGGUUGCUGGGGGGUAAACAGUCCCCAAUAUUUGGGGUGGUAUGAUAUCCCUCCCCCCCACAAGGAGCCCCCUUGAUGAUUUCUGUGAAAUCGAGACCCCUUGAUUGUUUCUGUGAAACACCCUGGACUCCUAACCCUUUCCCCUCUGGGAUCUUUUGGGAUCCCCUCCCUUAAUUUAGCUCUUCGCACCUGGAACCUGAGAUGUCAUUCCCCUGCAUGAUACUACAUGUAGGGGAAUUUCAUAUUCCCCUACAUCCCAAAACAAUUCCCAGUAUCUUCCCAGUAGAGCUCUUCAGAUAAUCCCCCAACCUCCCCAGGACCCACACCCUUCAGGUCCUUAACCCUGAGACGCAGGAAGGACUCUCCUGGAUGAGAGUCCCCUAGGUCCUACUGCUUUCUAAUUCAGACCUCAGCCGGGCCCUGUCCCAGACCUCUGCAUCGCUAGUGAAUCCCUCCUUGAAACUCCCUAUUAAACUCAAUCUG